UUGAACACUCUCUUCCAAAGCAAGGAUGACUUUGGUCAGGCUCCGGAGGGGUUUCCGGCAGGUGUCUCCUCAGGUGGUGCUUUUCUUGCUGUUUGCCUUCUGCCUGCUCAGUGUUUUUGUCUCAGCCUAUUAUUUAUAUGGGUGGAAGAGGGGACUGGAGCCUUCUGGGGACAUCCCCAGCCCUGACUGUGAUGAACUGAAGGUUGCCCCGUCACGUAUCCUUCCAAUGAAGCCUGUCAAAGUGGUGGAUUCUUCUCGCACAGACCCUCUGGUUCUUGUGUUUGUGGAAAGCCUUUACUCUCAGCUGGGCCAGGAGAUUGUGGCCAUCUUGGAAUCCAGUCGUUUCAAAUAUCUGACUGAAAUUGCUCCAGGGAAAGGGGACAUGCCCACGUUGACGGACAAGGACCGGGGUCGCUUUGCACUGAUCAUCUAUGAGAACAUCCUGAAGUAUGUGAACUUGGAUGCCUGGAACCGCGAGCUCUUGGACAAGUACUGCGUAGAGUACGGCGUAGGAAUCAUUGGCUUUUUCAAGGCCAAUGAAAACAGCUUGCUGAGUGCUCAGCUGAAGGGCUUCCCACUUUUUCUCCACUCCAACCUUGCUCUGAAGGACUGCAGCAUCAAUCCCAAAUCACCACUUCUGUACAUUACACGGCCCAGUGAGGUAGAAAAGGGACUGCUUCCUGGAGAGGAUUGGACAGUCUUUCAGUCAAACCAUUCCACCUAUGAACCGGUCCUUCUGGCCAAAACCAAAUCUGCAGAAUCCAUCCCACAUAUGAGCAUUGAUGCAGCUCUCCAUACUACUGUGGUACAGGACUUGGGUCUCCAUGAUGGCAUCCAGAGGGUCCUUUUUGGCAACAACCUCAACUUUUGGCUGCACAAGCUGGUCUUUGUGGAUGCUGUUUCUUUCCUCACUGGCAAAAGACUUUCUCUGCCCCUUGAUCGCUACAUUUUGGUAGACAUUGAUGAUAUCUUUGUUGGCAAGGAAGGAACACGGAUGAAGGUGGACGAUGUCAAGGCUCUGUUCGAUACCCAGAAUGAACUACGGACCCAUAUCCCAAAUUUCACUUUCAAUCUGGGUUAUUCAGGAAAGUUCUUCCACACAGGUACUGAUGCGGAAGACGAGGGAGAUGACUUGCUACUAUCGUAUGUCAAGGAGUUUUGGUGGUUCCCUCACAUGUGGAGUCACAUGCAGCCUCACCUCUUCCAUAACCAGUCUGUGCUGGCUGACCAGAUGGCUAUGAACAAGAAAUUUGCUAUUGAACAUGGCAUCCCUACAGACAUGGGAUAUGCAGUGGCACCUCAUCAUUCAGGGGUGUAUCCAGUCCACGUGCAGUUGUAUGAGGCCUGGAAACAGGUGUGGGGGAUCAAAGUCACAAGUACAGAAGAGUAUCCUCACCUCAAACCAGCCCGCUACAGGCGAGGCUUCAUCCACAAUGGAAUCAUGAUUCUCCCACGACAAACAUGUGGCUUGUUCACACAUACCAUAUUCUAUAAUGAAUACCCUGGUGGCUCAAGUGAACUGGAUAAGAUCAUCAACGGAGGCGAGCUUUUUUUAACUGUGCUUCUUAACCCUAUCAGUAUCUUCAUGACUCAUCUCUCCAAUUAUGGGAAUGACCGCCUGGGUUUGUACACCUUUAGACACCUGGUCCACUUCCUCAACUCCUGGACUAACUUGAAGUUGCAGACACUGCCACCAGUGCAGCUGGCACAGAAGUAUUUCCAGAUAUUCUCAGAAGAGAAAGACCCUCUCUGGCAGGAUCCCUGUGAAGACAAACGCCACAAGGAUAUCUGGUCCAAGGAGAAGACCUGUGACCGCUUCCCCAAGUUGCUUAUCAUUGGUCCUCAGAAGACAGGUACCACUGCCCUUUAUCUGUUCUUGGGGAUGCACCCUGACCUAAGCAGCAAUUACCCUAGCUCAGAGACCUUUGAGGAGAUCCAGUUCUUCAAUGGACAUAAUUAUCACAAGGGGAUCGACUGGUAUAUGGAAUUUUUCCCCAUCCCUUCCAACACCACUUCUGACUUCUAUUUUGAGAAGAGUGCCAACUAUUUUGAUUCGGAAGUAGCACCCAGGCGGGCAGCAGCCUUGCUUUCCAAGGCUAAAAUAAUCACCAUCCUCAUUAACCCUGCAGAUCGGGCCUACUCUUGGUACCAGCACCAGCGAGCCCAUGAUGACCCGGUUGCCCUAAAGUACACCUUUCAUGAAGUGAUUACAGCAGGGCCUGAGGCUUCCUCUCAGAAGCUCCGGACGUUACAGAACCGUUGCCUUGUGCCAGGCUGGUAUGCUACACACAUAGAACGGUGGUUGAAUAAUUUCCAUGCCAACCAGAUUCUUGUUCUGGAUGGCAAGCUGCUACGCACAGAACCAGCCAAAGUGAUGGAAACAGUCCAGAAGUUCCUUGGAGUGACAAACAUCAUAGAUUACCACAAAACUCUAGCGUUUGAUCCUAAAAAAGGAUUCUGGUGCCAACUACUAGAGGGAGGGAAGACCAAGUGCUUGGGGAAAAGCAAAGGAAGGAAGUACCCAGAGAUGGAUUUAGAUUCAAGAGCAUUCUUGAGAGACUAUUACAGGGACCACAAUAUAGAGCUAUCCAAGCUACUGUAUAAAAUGGGCCAGACACUGCCAACAUGGCUGCGGGAGGAACUCCAGAACACUAGAUAGCCACUUCUUUUCUUCCUGUAUUGAGCAAUAGUAGAAUGAAUCCCAUGGGGAGGAUCUCAGACCUGUACACCGAGCUAAAAUGACGUGAUACGGUGUGGGAUGCACAACCAGGGAAGAAGCAUUUUGAGCAAUAUCUAUUCAAGGUUGUUGAGAAGGAAAUGGGGAGGAAAGCCCACCACAAUUAACACUGGAAGAAGUGUUAGAAGAAGAAGCUUGGAAGAAGUCACUCUUCAGAGACCUCCUGGAGCUCAUGACAAGCUACACCCCCC